UGAUUAAAAAUGAAGCGCUAUAGAAACCAGCAGGCCAAUAGAGGACCGGGAAGCUGUUUACAAGGGGGGUGUACCGUUUCUAUGGUUGCUGGACAAACCUCCUGCACCAGGUAUUAAACUGGCUCCCCGACGGAUCCUGCUGCCCGCUGACACCCGUUAGGAAGACCUCCAGUGAGCAGAAGAAGCGCCCAACACCGCGCCAAACACCGACCACAGGAAUUCCUCUUUUUCUUUCUUUCCCUCACAAGUUUAAACAGGUGCACCCCGAGCAGACUGAGGCUGAACGUUCAAUACGUGCUCCUCCUUUGGGAUUUAAAAGGUCUCUAUACUCAACAGAACAGCAGACAGAAGGCGGUGGCAGGGGGAGGAGGAGAAGGAACUGGGUGAUAGCGAGCCAUGUUGUCUCUGAGCUGUGCCGACCCGUGGCCUGAAGGCUCUGUGGGGAUGGAGGAGGAGGUGGUAACCGCCGCUGCCCAGGCUGAGGAGCGGGACAGCGUCCACAACAGCAGCGGCAUCAACAGCUGCAGCUCAGUCACCCUGGACGACAGCCUGACCAGCCUCCAGUGGCUGCAGGAAUUUUCAAUCCUCGGUGCCAACGUGCCGCAGCAGGCCCACCACCAGCCGUACCUGUUCGGACACCAGCCGCUGGGCUCCGACGCCCCGGCCUCCCCUCUGGCCGGGGACCCCGCCUCCAUCGGCAUGCCCCUGACCCCGGGGAAGCCCACGGCGGCGGCCUACAGCAGACUGCAGUCCCUUCCUGGCAUCGUGGCUCACGGCCACUGCCCGGACGAGGUGGACUACAAGACCAACGCGCACAUCAAGCCGCCGUACUCCUACGCCACGCUCAUCUGCAUGGCCAUGCAGGCCAGCAAGAAGGCCAAGAUCACCCUGUCCUGCAUCUACAAGUGGAUCACCGACAACUUCUGCUACUACCGACACGCUGACCCCACCUGGCAGAACUCCAUUCGACACAACUUGUCGCUCAACAAGUGCUUUAUCAAGGUGCCGCGGCAGAAGGACGAGCCAGGAAAGGGCGGUUUUUGGAAGAUUGACCCACAAUACGCCGAGCGUCUCCUGAGCGGCGCCUAUAAGAAGAAGCGAAUGCCACCGGUUCAGAUCAACCCGGCCCUACAGAACAGGCUCAGGGUCAACCUGCAGCCCCAGACCAGAGGCCCCUGCAGCCCAACAAGAGUUGAGGAUGGCCUCUGCAUCAACCCUGAGUCCCAGCGGCUUCUCCGGGAGUUCGAAGAGGCUACUGGCGCCGACCAGAACUGGGACCCUCAUCUGGCUGAAGGGACCAUGCUGGGGUCCUGGCCAGUGCUGAGGGGAAGAGGUGGGCACAAGAGGAAACUGGGUUCCAGGAAUGGCGGGGCCAAAGCCCCCCGGCGCUCCAGCUCCCCACUGCUCUCUGCAGAUGAACAGAAGGAGAUCGGACCUCUGAAGGGGGACUUUGACUGGGAUGCCCUGCUGGACUCGGCCCUCAGUGGGGAGCUCAGUUUGGAGGCAGGCGAAGCUCUGAGCCCCAUCAUGAAAGAGGAGGACCUGAUUGUGCGGGGGACCCACAUCUCUCCUAUUGAAGCCCCCGCAGGGACAGCGGACAUCCACGUGUUGGUGGAGACCCGAAGGAAUAAUGACGUGUCAGACUUUGAUGAGGAGACCUUCCUCGCCACCGCUUUCCUGGAGAGCCCCUGGCCAGAAGAGGAGGAACAGGGUCGCAAUGAUUUCCUCUGUAGCUCCACCGUCAGCCUGGACCAGCUGUUCGACCUUGGAGACUCAUUAGGGGGAGACCCGAGCACCCGGAUUGACAACAUCCUUUGAGGAAGAGUCGGUCCUCUUUCACACUGAAAACUCACUUAGGAAUAACAGACUUUUUUUUUACACUCAAGCAUCCCUUUUUGUGUUUUUUGAUAUGUUUAAAGUAUUUUUGAAAAUUACAUUUUGAUGCUGAUUCAUACAGGAAGUACAUUCCCAUUGCCUACUAAGAACAAAAUGCCUCAAUGUGCAACAGCCGUUCACAUCAUCACGGGGAAAACAAAACUAUAAAACUAUGAAAUGACUGCAGACAAACAAAAAAAUAUUUUCAGAAUUAGGGCUUUGUCACACCAGCUUGGAGCUUGGUGACGUAGUGACUGUCAGUUAGCAUCAUGGAUGUAUCAAGACAGCUGGAUACAGUGCGGCCACUUGGGUGACUGUUUGUCCCAAUGGCCAACUGUGGAAAUACAAUAAAUAUGGGCCAGCAAAAGAACACUAAUGAGCACGUGCAUUGGGCUGUUCUCUGAAAUAAAUUUUUAUGUGAUUAAAUGGAUACUAUCUCGGACUCUGGUAUCCAGUUUGUAUAAUACAUCCACAGUUAGCAAGCCUAUAGCAAACCAGUUUAUACUCUGACAGGGGAGCUUUAGUAAAACAGAUUUGGUAACACACAGCUAAUAAGCUACAAUAGCUUCCUCCAUUU